AUGUCUUUUAUCGGUACCCAGCAAAAGUGCAAGGCUUGUGAGAAAACAGUUUAUCCCGUUGAUCAGCUUUCUGCUGAUGGCACUGCUUAUCACAAAGCUUGCUUCAGGUGCUCCCAUUGCAAAGGAACAUUAAAGCUGAGCAACUACUCCUCAAUGGAAGGUGUUCUUUACUGUAAGCCUCACUACGAGCAGCUCUUCAAGGAGACUGGGACCUUCAGCAAGAACUUCCAGUCACCUGCAAAGCUAGCAGAUAAGACAACUCCUGAGCUGACAAGGUCGCCUAGUAAAGCUGCGAGCAUGUUUUCUGGCACACAAGAAAAGUGUGCUACGUGUGGGAAAACUGCUUAUCCAUUGGAGAGGGUAACAGUGGAAGGACAGUCCUAUCACAAAUCAUGUUUCAAGUGUUCACAUGGUGGUUGUCCCAUAACCCCAUCGAAUUAUGCAGCCCUUGAGGGCAUUUUGUAUUGCAAGCACCAUUUCUCCCAGCUUUUUAAGGAGAAAGGGAGCUAUAAUCAUCUGACAAAGUCUGCAUCAAUCAAACGGGCAGCAGCAGCAGCAGCUGCACCCACUGUUCCUGAAUCUUGA